CCUCGACUUCCGGCGGCUCAUUAGCCUGUGUCCAGGACUGGACCAGUACAUUGAUAUUGCUCAGAGCGAGGAUGGUGGUAGAUUCAUGGUCGCAGCCAGUGAUCUUCCAGCUGACGAGUGGUUUUUAGAGGAUCAGGCUUUGAUUUUUUGGGCAUCACCAAAGGAGGUUUUAGAGGAUAAGCUAAAGGGUGCCACAAAGAGCAGCUUGGAAAACAAAACGAACGCCGAACUACAAGGAGAGGAGCCACUUUUUGUAGAAGAUCCUUUAAUAUCAAGAAAUUCCAGUUCACAUAAGAUGUGGCUUCGGUUUCCGGCAUUACCUUGGAAACGGUGGGCUCAGUUCGAACAAAAGCAUUGCCCGAACGGUUCUGCGGUUAAUGUCCUCGCCUUAGCCUGUGUCCUCUGCGACGUUUACACCGGCGCACGAAACUUGCUAGAGGCGAAGAAAAGGUGUCCAGGAAUCCCUUGCUCCACAUUGGGAGAGGCUUUGGAAAUCAGGCUACAGGCGUACAAGCGGUUGUGGCCUCUGCCGAAGGAGUAUCAACUCGGAUUUGAGAAAACGACGAUUGAGGCGAUAUAUGCGGAGUUAUUUGCACCUGCUGGCGAGCUGGGGGAAAAGCAAGAUCCUCUCUUAGCAUUCUUUUGCUCCAGCAGCAACGAUGAACAAAAGGGUGGGCGAGCAGACCUGAAGAUAUCACCAGCUACGCUAGAGGAUAUCGCUGGCUCUGAUCAGCGUGGUCGAGACCUGAUAUCCGCAGCUACGUUAGAGGAUAUCGCCGGCCGCUUGAGUCAGAAUAUACUAGGGGCUGCCGCGACGACUGCAUCUUCAACGCCUUCUUCCGAUCUUCGUAGCUCGUCAAUCAAAGCUGUUUUCUCCCUGCUCUCCCUUUGCAACCACAGCUGUGACCCAAAUGUCGACGCAGACAUCCAAAUCAACCCUGAAAAUUCUGAAGUUUCUGCAAAACUAACAACAAGGCGACCAGCGCGCAAGGGUGAGAGUUUGACGAUAAGCUAUGUGGAUUUCGAUUCCGAGUCUGUGACGUUUCAAGAACGACGCAAAGUGCUGGAGCAUUGGAACUUCGUUUGUCAAUGUGAGAAGUGCGUGCGAGAGGAGAAAGAGCAUUUGGAGAGGGAGGGAAAUAAUGAUGCGGACCCGGAGGACGAGGACGCGAAAACAAAGAAAAGGAGGAAGCUCGAGUCACCGACAUUAGAUGAUCACGGACAUGGUGUAAAAGUGCCCGUAAAAGUAAGUGAACAACAAGCUGUCAACGUCAAGAAGGAUGCGCAACUUGCCCUUGGGGGCAGCUGAAACGCUCUUGAGGAUCUCGAUCUCUCUCAGUCGUAACGCUAGUCCAUGCUGUUGAUCAACCAGACUCUUCCUUGCAGCAGCACUUCCACUUGUGAGGUGGUAGUGUGCAGUGGUGUGGUAGUUUGCAUUCUUUAAUAGAGAUGUAUCCCACAUCACCCACGUUUAUUAGAAGCAUACAAUAUUGAAU